AGCAGAAGUAGUAGCCGCUGCCGGUACGGGUAGUGCCGUACAGGCGUCGCGCGUGGCAACCGGUCGUACUUCGGUGGACCGUUCUGGACGCUUCGAACGAGGCCGUGGUUUAGAACGUCCGGAGCGGCCUGGGUUUUCGUCUGCCACAUCUUCCCCACGGGCGACGUCUGUUUCGUCCGGUACGGCGUUUAACGACAGCCACCACCACCACCACCACCACCAUACGCCACCUUUCCCUGAAUCCGCCAUCCGUCCGAAAGAUGCCUCGUCUGUCGCUGUAGCCAACUCCUGCAGCGACGCUGGAGCUCAGUCACUGACGGCUGCCCUAGCUGUGCUGCACGCCUGGGGCACUGACCCAUGGGUCGACCGCGCGGUGGAGGCUGCGCUUUUGGCAACGCGGCAUCUGCGGUUGAGGAGCAGCCGGGACAGCCGGUCCGCUUGCGAGCUGCGGUCCGCGCCCAUCGCCGCCGCUUCCAAGGCCGCUGCCGUUGCUGCUGCGGGGCCAGUUGACGAG